AUGCCACGCCCCACUGAAAUAAUACAAGCAGAAGAAUCAACAGCUCCGCGGUCCCCAUUAAGAAGAUCUUGUCGUAUAAUUGCGGUAUCAUCUCCGAUGCCGUCUGAAGGAAACACUAUUAAAGAAAGUACUGAAGAUAAAGAAGUCGAACAAACUGGUCCAGCCAAUAGAGGAAAAAGAGGAUCUUCAGUAACCAAAGAAAAUGGAGAGCCAAGCAUUGAGCCAUCAAAAACUAGGUCUCGAAGAUCGUCUACUUCCAGUGAAAAUUCUGUCAAGACUGAAAGCGUAGAAACCGUGAAACCUAUUAGAGGGCGUAGAAGCUCAGCGACCCGUGAGGAAGAAACCAAAAAACCUGUAAGAGGAAGAAGGAGUUCUGUACAAACUGAGAUUGAGGAAGAAGUUACGAAGCCUAUUCGAAGUAGACGAAGCUCGGUGCAAAACGAAAAAGAAGAGGAAGAAGAGACAUCUGUAAAAAAAAUUAGGGGAAGAAGAAGUUCAGCUCAAGAUGAUGUGAAUGAAGAACAAGUGCCUGCAAGAAUUACUCGUAGUAGGAGAUCUAUGUCUAGAGAUUUAGUAGAAGAAAGUAAAGCUGCUGCUGAACCAGAACCAAAGAGAACUACUAGAAGUCGUCGAUCGUCAGUGGACGCUGAAGAAGACACAGUACCUAAACCAGUAAAAACUCCAAUGAAACCUAAAAGAAGGCUUUCAGUGUCUGAAACGGCUGCUGCUUUAGAACCUAUAGAUGAAAAAGAAGAAGCACAAAACACUGCAAAACACAAAGAUGAAAGUGCCCCAGGAAGUAGUGAGAUCAAAAUGGAAGACAAAACUAAAGAGCUUUAUGUUAUAUGUGAAUCCAGUUUUGUUGAUGAAGAUGGAAGAAAAAGUUUAACGCCAAGAGCUUCACCGAGAAAUGAAGAAACACCAACUAAGAGAAAAUUGGAGAAAAGUGAACUUAAAAAUAGCCCUACAUUACAAGAAUCUAGGGGAGGACGUCUAACACCAGACAAUGUAACACUUAGAAAAUCACCUAGAAUUCAAGAAAAACUGGAAAAGUGCAAAUCUGGGGAGCAUACCCCACAUAAAAAGUGUACCUGUUGUGAUGCAGAACUGACAAACUCUCCUUCUCACAGAAAAAUAGAUCUUACAACUCCAGAAAAAAACAAUCUAACAUGCAAGGACAAUUUAGAAGAAGAUUUAUCAGUUAAAGUUAUACAUAAUGAUAAAUCAAUACAGAUCCAGAUGAAACAAGAUCGUGGCGAUGAUGAUGUGUUCACAUCAGAAACAGUAGUUGUUCAAAAAACCGAAACGAAGUCUCUUAUUAGCGAUGGUUCGGACGGAUCGUUUCAAUUUAAUCUGUCUAAAAGCAAAUACGAAACAACAGAGAGUGAAGGUGACCUAAACGAUUCUAAGGCAAGUGACGGUAGCGACAAAGAAAACGCUCAUCUAAAUCUAGAAAAAAAUUCAAAACUGCCAAUCACUGCUGAGCAGAAUGUAUUGGAGAAAUUAACUGCAGGUGCCAAACUAGAACGACUUCAAAACAUAUCUGUACACCGUGUUUCAAAUGUCUUCAGACCUAAAAAUGUUGAUUAUAGUUUUGUUGAAGCAAUGGACAUUGAUACUACCCUAAACCUAGAUGUUUCUAAAAUGGAAAAGAGCAGCAUCUUGCCAAAUGAAAAUUCUAAAGCUGUUGAUAAAACUAUUGACGAUACCUUUUCGUUAAAUCUGUCUGAUACUUAUAUCGAAAACUCUGAAGACAAAACAAUGUCAAAAGGUUCUAAAACGAUCGAAAUCGAUUCAGAGGAUGAAACUAGCGAGAAAGACUCAGAAAAUCCAUUAAAUAUAAGUAAAGGAAAUGCAAAAGAAGUAGGAGAAGAAAAAGAAAUAUUGUCCUUAGACAAAGACAAGCAUCGACGAAAGUAA